AGUCUCCAUUAUUAGCUGGUUCAAUACUGCAUUGAAAUACUUGGUGCAUUCAUGUAUUAGUGAUUCUCUUCCUACAUUGUUGGAGUGUUUAUGUAGCUAUUGCAAUGAUAGUUCACCUGUUGAUAUCAGAAUUGAAGUAGCAAAAGUGUUAGGACAGAAAUGGACAGUUUUGCACAAUAUAGAGUCCUCUUCAGUACUGUAUUGGAGAAUGGUCUUUAUAUUGUUGCAUGAUGUUGAGGCUGAAGUAAGAUCAGCAAUGACAGUCACUGUACAGCAGAAUAUCAUUAAAAGUGAUGGUGAUUCAUCAAAGCUCAUAAUGUGCCAGCAAUUAUGUAUCAAGUCAUUGAUUAACUUUAUUGCUUCACUUUACGAUCCUCCGACCUCAUUUUCACUAUUGCUCUCUCUCUCAUCUUUGGAUUUUGAUUCUUCUCCCUCUCCUAAGUCUACCCCUAUUCCUACUAGCUCUGUCAGUUCACUUCUUUUUGAGGAAGACAGAUCUAACUCUUACAUUGAACCAGCACAACUGUUAAUGCACAUCUCUGUUGCUUUGAAAUCUUUAAUGGAGACAUUAGAUGUUGAAUCUCGCUCUUUAGCUGAGAAUAAGUUGCAAAAGCUAACAUCAAAUCUUAAACCUGUUGAUGGUUUAGAUGCCAAAGAGAUGUGGUUGGACAAUCUUGCCCUGAAUAAUUAUUGCAGUUAUAUUUUGUCACGUGUUAAUGAGACUCCUCAAUAA